GCAGAAUUAGGGUUUUAGUACGUCUUCAUUUUAGUUACAAUUUUGAAGUACUCUCGUCGUAGAUUGGCGGGGUGGAGAAGAAGAUUUUUAUUGAUUUGCCGGACCUGGCAGUUUGUGCAUUCUAUUCCCGGGUUGUGGGAAUGGUGGUGGAGUAGGAAGUGAUGUUGUGGUUGUGAUUUUCGGUUUUACGUGUGCAUAGUUGUUUUUUUAAUGUAUUUACUUGUUUAUAAAUAUAUUUCCUGAAUUAGGGUUUAGGAUGUUAACGAUUUGUUGUACAGUGCCAGGGUUGUUUGAAGGCUCGAGGCUUUUGUGAUGGGGUUGGGUUGAGAGAGAGAUAGAGAGAGAGAGUGUGUGUGUGUGUGUGAGAGUGAGAGAGAUAGAAACUUGAACGUGGAGUGUGAACGAUUGUUUAUUGUGGAUGAUAAUAAAUUUGCAAGUAGUGGAUUGAAUUGACCUUGUUUCUACCGUAGAUGAACUUUCGGAAGACUGCUGCGGUUUGAUGCAAAUCAAUCUGUGGUUCUGUUUGCGACAUUGUUCGAUAGUUUGAACAGGCACAGUUAAGCUGCAGUAUUUCAUCAGACAUGUUUUUGGCCACCAGAAGCACAUCAAUUCCCUUAAGGGAGGUUUAAGCAGCAGGAUGCGUUGAGGAGGUCAUGUACAAAGAACGGAGUGCUGUUUUGGUAAGAGAGGAAAGAGGAUAUCGAGACAAUAUGAAGCGAUUAGACGAUGGAAUUGAGAAAUCCUCCGCUUCGACCUCGAAAGGAUGGAUUGGUAAGGAGAAGGACCGAUUAGCUCCUGCCGCGGCUGCGACGCAAAUCCGUCGGUACGCUGGACAGGAGGCCAGGCCUACUCUUGAUAAAAUGAAGUAUCCUGAUGACGUGGUUGCGGAGGAUUUGGAAUCGGAAAGCGAGGAGUCAGAUGUGAGUGGAUCUGAUGGGGAAGACACUGCUUGGAUCUCCUGGUUCUGCGGGUUGAGAGGCAAUGAAUUUUUUUGCGAGAUUGAUGAUGAGUAUAUACAGGACGACUUUAAUCUCAGUGGUUUAAGAAGCCAAGUUCCUUAUUAUGAUUACGCGCUUGACCUGAUCUUGGAUGUAGAACCCCCAAGUGAUGACAUUCUAACUGAGGAGCAGAACGAAUUGGUAGAGUCCGCUGCCGAGAUGUUAUACGGGUUGAUCCACGUUCGUUACAUCUUAACUAGCAAAGGGAUGAAUGCAAUGUUGGAAAAAUGUAAGAAUGUGGACUUUGGUCGCUGCCCUCGCGUCCAUUGCUCGGGACAGCCAUGCUUGCCCAUGGGUCAGUCAGAUGUUCCCCGAACAAUCCUUGUGAAAAUCUAUUGUCCAAAGUGUGAAGAUAUAUAUUACCCUCGAUCAAAAUACCAAGGCAACAUUGAUGGUGCUUAUUUUGGCACAACUUUUCCUCAUCUUUUCCUAAUGACAUAUCCCCACAUCAAGCCUUCAAAACCGACUCAGACCUACACACCAAAGGUAUUUGGUUUCAAACUGCAUAAAAGUGCAAGAUAGACAUCUGCUCUUUUUAAGAGCAACAUAUGUCCCUCAAACUUCAUUGCUUCCUCGUGGAGGAAUUGGCCUCUGCACCGCGCCGCAAUCCGGAGAAAUUUGAUUUUCUACUUGGAGGAUGUGGCGUAGAUCUCCUGUGAUUAACAGGCUGCUGUCGACUGCUUGCAUCUAGACAUCCAGUCUGGAUGUUUCCAUAGCUGGGACCGUUCAACUGAUUUUGCGUAGACGACUGUUUCACCUCCGUCUGGUCUUCGAUUGUUCUGAAUCUGAGGAGAAGCAUCUCUGGCGCAUCGCAUAAACGAUUUUUAGUUGACAUUAGGUCGCGUCGUUGAAUUGACUGAUAGAUGGAACCUUCAAUUUGUUGUUAAUAUACUAUUGAAAUCCAAUAUCGUUCUAUGAAGUGAUGCUCCUGAAUUUGUGGGUGGAGCAUUUUACCAAGCCCUUUCGACA